AUGUUUGCACUUGCUCUGUUGGCCAUCAUCGUUCGGCUGGUGGUCAGGGCCUGCUGGCUCAGGUCCAGGGCGACGGCGAAUAGCGGCUGGAGAAUGUCCAAGCCAAACCUCUCUCUGCUGGACCUGGGCGACCUCUUGAUCGUGCUCGCGCUCUGCGGCCUGGCCGUCACCACCUUCACGGACUCCUUGCCGCUCAGCUCGCAGGGGCAGACGGCGCGGGUGCCCGUCGGCGUCGACGUGUGGACGCUCUCGCCGGAGCUACUCUACAUGUUUGGCUUCUGGCUCCUGAUCUGGGAGGUGCUCUAUUUUGCCACCAUGAGCCUGAUCAAGACGGCGCUGUGCCUCCUGUUCCUGCGCAUCUUCCCGCGCCACGGGCGGCACAGCGCCACCAUCCGCAUCCCGCCGUGCGGCCUCCCCUUCCGGCCCGUGGCAUGGGCGACGCUGGCCACCAACGUCAUCGCUGGCGUCGCCUUUUUAAUCCUGUGCCUCGUGCAGUGCUUCCCACUCUCGUACACGUGGACGAGCUGGGACAAGGAGUCCGGGGGCCACUGUGUCCUGGACCCGGGGCUCCUGAGCUGGAGCAACGCCAUAUUUGCCAUCGCCAUGGAUGCAUGGAUGCUAUUUCUUCCGUUGUCACAAAUACCAAAGAUGAACAUGGGUAUUGAGAGGAAGCUCGGCAUGGUCUUUAUGUUUUGUCUGGGCACACUGGCUACUGUAGUAAGCAUACUGAGACUGUUCUCCCUCGCCAGAUCCGAGAGGAGCACGAACUUCACCCGGGAUAUCCUGGGCCUGGUGUUGCUAUCCAGCAUCGAGAUGUCGGCGGGCAUCAUCUGCGCCUGCCUGCCGAGCCUGCGCGUCUUCCUGGUGUGCGUGUUCCGCAGCACCCGCGACACGGUGUCGCAGUCGCGCAACUCGCAGAGCCUCCAACAGCAGCGGCAGGGCGCCCACUCGGCGGCCGCCUCCACUGGCGGCCGCCACUGGGCGGACGGGGCUCGGCGGGCGGAGCGGGGUCAGCGCGCGGGCGGCGGCGGCUCCCGCCGGCCCAUGUCGGUCGUACACUACUCCAUCAGCUCCGGCGGCCUGACCGGAUCGACGCGCCCCAUGUCGCUCCCGGCCACGUGGAGGGGCGACAUCAUCAGGGAGAUCAUCGGCGGUGCCGGCCCCGGCCGCGCGAGUGGAGGGGACGAGGGCGAAGGGGGCCUUUUGGCUGCGAGACUCUCGGCUGACGACGUCGAGCCGGCUGCCGUCGGUCCGGCGCGGCGGCAAGUUUUAAUAGAGGAGGCCGUCCAUAGCGGCAAGGGCGACGUCGAAUCUCGGGGUGCAGCAGGCGCCAGCGGCGCGUAA